AUGACUACUCCAUCGAAAUCCGAUAAUACUCCAUCGAAACAGCGUCGCACACCGGCGAAACAAACACCCGGUUCGAAUCAACGGACCCCUGCCAAACGACGUAAUCCGCUGACAGCAUUACAAGAAGAUGAUCCUGUUACAAGUCCAGCACCUAGUUCUGUCCUUCAAAUACCUUUCACACCCGGUCGAACACCAAAUAAAAGGAUGGCAUUCUCGCCAAUGACCUUCAUGACAUCUCCGGCACAUAGCAAUAUUGGUACUAGUAGCCGAACACCCAUGUCAACACCUUCGCGCGCACGAUCCGAUCUCGGUAGUGUACGAAAACUGCGUUUAGUUAAUGAACAAGAUGAAUUAGAAGGUGAUAUCGACGUGAACAUGGCUGAUAAUCAGGUGGUUAUUUGGGGUACAGACGUGCAUGUUAAUGAUUGUAAACGUCGAUUUAUUGCAUUUUUGAAAAAAUUUCAUUUGAAUGUCGAAGAAGCCAAUCUCGAAGGUGUCGAUCCGGCAAAACCAUUUUACAUGCAAAAAUUGGAGGAAAUUCAUUUAUUGGAACGUCCAUUUCUCAAUGUUGACUGUGCUCAUGUGAAGCAAAUUGACAAAACAAUGUUAAGUCAACUACUUGCCUAUCCACAAGAAGUCAUUCCAAUCUUUGAUAUCGCUGUUAAUGAAUUAUUCUUUACAAUUUACGAAGAUGAUACACUUCCUCAUCAGAUUCAAGUACGACCUUACAAUGUCGAUUUGUUUCGUAAUAUGCGUUGCUUAGAUCCUGAAGAUAUUGAUAAAUUAGUUAGUCUUACUGGUAUGGUUAUUCGAUCGUCGUUAAUCAUGCCAGAAAUGCGCUCUGCUCAUUUUGAAUGUAAUACAUGUGGUUUUCAUGUUCAAGUGGAAAUUGACCGAGGAAGAAUUGCUGAACCAACUGUGUGUACAUCGUGCAAUACAGCACAUUCGUUUGAAUUGAUUCACAAUCGAUCACUAUUUGCUGAUAAACAGUUUAUUAAACUACAAGAAACACCAGAGGAAAUGCCAGCUGGUCAAACACCAGUCACAGUCACUGUGGUGGCACACAAUGAUCUGGUGGAUGCUGUCCAACCAGGUGAUCGUGUACAAGUAACUGGUAUAUUUCGUGCAGUACCAGUUCGUAUGAAUCCUAAAACGCGAAACGUUCGAUCUGUUUAUCGUACUUACAUUGAUGUUAUACAUUUUCGUCGACAAAAGACGUUUACAGCCGAAGGUGGAGCAGCAGAGCAAGGUGCCAACGAUGAUGAAGAAUCAAGUGCAUCGAAAUUCUCCAAAGAACGUUUAGCACAAUUUCGAAAUCUAUCUGAACGUCCAGACAUCUACGAAUUAUUAUCUAAUGCGAUCGCACCAAGUAUCUUCGGACAUGAAGAUAUCAAGAAAGGUAUUCUCUUACAAUUAUUUGGUGGAACCAAGAAAAGUUUUGUUGAUGCUGGUCGAAAAAGUUUUCGUUCUCAGAUCAAUAUUUUACUUUGCGGAGAUCCCGGUACCGCUAAGUCACAAUUACAACAAUAUAUCUUUCGAUUGGUACCACGUGCACAAUAUACAAACGGUAAAGGUACAAGUGCGGUUGGUCUAACAGCUUAUGUUACAAAAGAUCCCGAGACGGGUCAACUGGUUUUACAAACUGGUGCACUAGUGCUUGCUGACAGUGGUAUUUGUUGUAUUGAUGAAUUUGAUAAAAUGAGCGAGAGUGCACGAUCGAUUCUCCAUGAAGUCAUGGAACAACAAACAUUGUCUAUUGCUAAAGCUGGAAUUAUUUGUACACUGAAUGCUCGUACAUCGAUCUUGGCUGCGGCAAAUCCGAUCGAAUCUCAAUGGAAUAAAUCGAAGACAAUCAUCGAAAAUAUACAAUUACCACCAACAUUAUUAUCUCGUUUUGACUUGAUUUUUCUCUUACUCGAUCCCCAGGACGAAGCCUACGAUCGCCGAUUAGCACAACACUUAGCUUCAUGGUAUCAAUAUGGAAAAGAAGGUGAAAGCGCUCAUGAUGCAAUGGAUACCGAUUUACUGCGAGAUUACAUAUCGUAUGCACGAACAUUUGUCAGUCCACAAUUGACAGAAUUGGCCGGCAAACUUCUCGUCAGUUCGUAUGUUGAAAUGCGAAAAGUGGGAAGUGGUAAAGGACAAAUCUCUGCAUACCCACGACAAUUAGAAUCAUUAAUUCGAUUAGCUGAGGCUCACGCAAAAGUUCGACUUUCUGAUAAAGUUGAAGAACUUGAUGUUGAAGAAGCAAAACGACUCUAUCGCGAAGCUCUGAAACAAGCGGCAGUUGAUCCUAAAACAGGUCGUGUUGACGUAGCUAUUCUGACGACUGGCAUCAGUGCUGGAGAACGUCGUCUUCGUGCUGAUCUCGCUCAAACGUUAAAACGUCAUCUUAAAGAACGUAAAUCAACGACUAGUGCAAGUGUAAUAAAAAAGGAUGCAUUGUUUAAUGAACUCCGCGAACGAAAUGAUGAACGUAUUACUCGCGAUAUGCUCGAUGAUGCUAUUCGAGCAUUAGAAGAAGAAGGUUUUCUUGUUGCAACCAAUCAAACGAUUCGUAUUGUUACGUUAGGUGAAUCCAGUUUUUGA